GUAGGAGUGGCACCGCACCGAGUUGAUGUUUAAAUUGAGUAGGAUUGAAUAUAUUUCGAUUUGAUUUUGGUCGUAUGAAUUAUUUUAAUUAUGAAGAAAAAAUAGACUGAAAUUGUAUUCAGACGGGACGAAAUUGCACCAAUAAUCUAAACAUGCUUUUGAUUUGGUUCUUAAUUUUUCCUUGUCCAAUCCUAUUUCUGGAUCUGGCUCACAGGUUCUGAACCGAAAUGACUAAUGCUCACACCUAGUUGUGAGUAGGGAUGACAAUGGGUCAAGUUGGGGCGGGUUAUGGACCAAUGGGUUUAUCCACAAAAAAAAUCCGGGAUAAAACCCAUUGGAUUUGAAAAACUCAAAUCCAACCCAAUCCGCUGGGUACCCAGUGGUUCAUGGGUACCCAUGGGUUUAUGUACAUAGAUGCAAUUACACUAUUUGGGUAAAUGCCACAUUUGAUCACUGAGAUUACUAAAUCAUGUCAUGUAUAGUCACUAUAAAAAAUUAAUAUAAAUUUUGGUCACUCGAAUUACUGAAACAUGUCACAUUUAGUCACUGUCCUGUUAGUUUCUGUAUGGAGGCUAACAGGAGAGUGACUAAAUGUGACAUGUUUUAGUAAUUCGAGUGACAUUCAUAAAAAAAAGUAAUUCGAGUGACCGGAGUUGGACGGAGGCUAACGGGAGAGUGACAAAAUGUGAUCUGUUUUAAUAAUUCGAGUGACCAAAAUUGAUAUUAAUUUUUUCUAGUAACUAAACAUAACACGAUUUAGUAAUCCCAGUGACCAAAUGUGCCAUUUACCCUACACUAUUUUCACUACUAUUGUCUACUACAUACACACUAACUCACAAAUCAUUCAUACUAAUUGUUCAAUAUUAAAGAUAAACAUCCACAAACAAAAUGAUUAAUUGAAUAUAUGAGGAAUAAAUUUAGAAAUUAUAGUUAAUUCGUUAAGGAUUUCGUGGGUCGUGGGGGGUAUGAAAUUGGGUGCGUGUAUCCGCAGAUUGGAUAUGGCUAAACCAAAAAACAAUCCAACCCGCAAAAAGUAUAGCAGGUUUAAACCCGAACCCGGCCCGCAAUCCAUCAAAAUGAGUAUUAUUCACGUUGACCAGAUUAGAUCGGAUAGGGUACCCGCGACCGCAGAUUCAGAUUCUACUCUCAUCCUGAGAGAGAGGAACAUACAUUUCCUUUGGAGCUGAAACCAAACCACCGGUAGAUCAUAGAGGUUUUGGUUUCAAAACCUCUAAAACUCCUUCACUGUUGGCUUUCGAUUCUAGAGGGGAAUGGCUGUCUAAGUUUUUGUGGUUUACGGUCCGGUUAAGAAAUCUUACCCCUAACUACAAUAUGCGGGAGAAGGAUAUCACAAAAACAGAACUAGCCGGUCUAAGUUUAGCGUGACAUCAGUUAUCCGAAACCAAGUUAAGCUACUUCGCCGUGAAGAAGCUUGAAACCUAUGUUGAGUUGACAGGUGCCGUAGCUACUUGUCCAUCCACUCCAAAUGCCAUGCCAUCCCAUCCCCCAGGUGAUGACGCUUGCACACGUGCCAACAACCCACUUCACCGUUCCACGAAACACACCCAAGAAACUUUGAAAAACCCUGCUUACAUGGCAUGGCUAUCCUUUUUAAGACUGUUUUCCAUAGUUAAAUUUCAUAUAUACCAUCUCAACGCCCUCGAAAAGAAGCAAAAAAUAUGGCUGCCUGCCAGCAACAGAACAGCUAGCUAGCUGCUAGACUCCAAUGGUUUUUCCAGCAGCGAGUUUCCCAACCUUUUAUCACAGCAUAUUUAUAGCCCUUCAUCAUGGAGAAGGAAGCUGGAAGCAUCAACAAGGCGGCAAAGAAAUCGUCGUCUUCGUCGAUGGGGAGGUCGAGGAAAGGGUGCAUGAGAGGGAAAGGAGGCCCGGAGAACGCGCAGUGCAAAUACAGGGGAGUGAGGCAGAGGACAUGGGGGAAAUGGGUGGCUGAGAUCAGAGAACCCAGCCUAGGCAGCAGAAUAUGGUUAGGCACUUUCGACACCUCUUUGGAAGCAGCUAGAGCGUACGAUGAAGCCGCCGUCACCCUCUACGGCCCUUCCGCCACCCUCAACCUGCCUUCUUCUUCUUCCUCCUCUGCACCAUCACCUCCAUCACCGCCAAGGCCAAUCACCGCGGCGGCGGAGGUGGCGUCAGAAGGCUCUCCUCCAGCUGGUUCUGGAGGAGGGAAGCAUGAUGAUGAGAAAGUAGUGAUGCAGGGUGGAGGAGAUCAGUUUUGUGAUUCUAAUAACUCAUCGGGGUUGGCGGUUGGUGGAGGGGAAGGGUUGGUGGAUUGGUUGGAGUUCAGUAAUGAUUUUAUAGAGCUCAAUGAUUUGAACGGUGGGUUUGGGUGGCGGCAGGGGAUGGGAGUUAAUGGAGACAGCUGCUUCAGUAGUUGUAGUAUUUUGGAUGGUAGCUUUCAAGACCACAACUUCCCUUGGAGCUUUUAGUUUAUGAUCAUCUGUCACAAUUCACAGAAGCUUAGAUAGAUAGAUAGAUCUUUAUGGAUUUUAGUAGCUAGGAUGAAACUAUAGAAACAAGUAGCAAAGUUGUUAUCGUGACGGCGGAACCUCCUAGUAGUGCCUCUUUAUGGAAAGGAGCUUUAUUAUUAGCUAGGUGUGCUUUUUUCCCUUCUUCUUCUUCUGCAUGGGUUUUCUUUUAUAUGUAAGAUUGUAGGACUCGAUCCAAGAGCUUGAUUACAUCAUGUGACAAACCAGCUUUUCUUUUGUAAACUUCUGGUACGUGUGACUGGUUUUCCUCUAUAUAUACAUGAGUGAUGGACUGAUGGGUGCUAUAGUGAUCUGCAUGCAUGCGUUUCUCAUGUUCUACUGAUAGAACCCAGGAUCCGGUACUAUCUAGGGAUAAGGAAUUAGGGGAAUCAAUUAGGGAUUGAUUAUCCGAAGAGAACUAGGGAUUGGGAAUUGGGAACGGAACUAGAGAAGAGAUGAGGGAGGAAGGGUUGCUGCGGCAGCAGCUAGAGGAGAGGAGGAUCUCGGCUGGAAGGAAAAGAAGAGAGAGAUAAUUAGGUUUUAAUAUUCUGCUUAGUGGUAUGAGAACUCACUAGCUAAGUAUUUUUAUAAUUUGCUAAUUGUCAAAUGCUAUCCCAAACAAUUAAAUCAUCCAAUAAUUCUCCCAAUAAUGUCCAACAAAUAAUAACCGAAAAUGACUAAAUGCGCAAAAUAAAU